UUGAUACAAUUUUCUCAAAAUAUAUUUUAAGUUCGAUAAAAGAACCCGACCCGGUGGCCAGUAUGGCGGCUUAUAGAGCGGAUGACGACUACGAUUACUUAUUCAAGGUGGUGUUGAUCGGAGAUUCGGGUGUUGGUAAAUCGAAUUUAUUGUCGAGGUUUACGAAGAACGAGUUUAGCCUUGAAUCAAAGUCCACAAUCGGAGUUGAAUUCGCCACCCGAAGCAUUCGAGUCGAUGAUAAGGUCGUUAAGGCCCAGAUUUGGGACACCGCUGGACAAGAAAGAUACCGGGCAAUUACAAGUGCAUACUAUCGUGGAGCUGUUGGUGCAUUGCUUGUCUAUGAUGUCACUCGACGUGUCACAUUUGAGAAUGUUGAGAGAUGGUUGAAAGAACUGCGGGGUCACACGGAUUCCAAUAUUGUGAUUAUGCUUGUUGGUAACAAGGCAGACCUCCGGCACUUGCGUGCCGUUUCCUCUGAGGAUGCCACUGCAUUUGCUGAAAGAGAGAAUACAUUCUUUAUGGAGACGUCUGCUCUAGAGUCAAUGAAUGUCGAUAAUGCAUUCACUGAGGUGCUAACUCAAAUAUACCGGGUAGUCAGCCGAAAAGCACUUGAAGUAGGUGAUGAUCCUGCAACAUUGCCUAAGGGACAAACCAUCAAUGUCGGAGGCAAGGAUGAUGUUUCAGCUGUCAAGAGCUCUGGCUGCUGUUCUGCUUAGCGUCGGAUGGUUUCGAUGUCCUAGUUUCCUCCAUUUUUCGUCUCUUUAAGCACAAAACUUUCCUCACUGCUCUACAAUCCUUGAGUUUCCCUGAGAUUUGAGGUUCAAGACGAUGAAAACGUGGUCCGAAUUUCCUCCAUUCCAUAGUUUUGAUAGUUUUCUUGUAGUUGAUUGGUUUAGAAUACGUAGUCCUUUUAUUAUUUUAUUAUUUAUUUAUUCUGAGACAGAUCUAAUUUUGUAUUUUUUAAAUGAUCUUCAUUAGUGAUGGAAGAUAAUAUUUGAUUGAGCUAUUA